UCGCAAGCUGUCGCGAAUUAGAAAACCGUGCUCCAAUUGAGUCUAUUGUAGAGGUGUUUACCGCUAUUGUCUUUUGUGUGUAAAUGUGGAUGCAUAUUUGCUGGCUGAAUGUGCAGGAAGUUGAUAGUUCAAAGGUCGUGUGUUUUCUUGAUCUCCGAAGAUGGUUCUCUAGCAUGGAUCGGCAAACGGAACUUGCCACUUUUUUGAAGCUCCAAUAGCUCUUUCUUUGGACAUGCGACCACUUUGCAACAACAAUCAUGGCGCAACAAAUCACCCAAAGGAAGCAACAAGAGCUUCAGAUGCAAUAUACGAACUACAAGAAUGGCCUUCAGCAGAUAGCACAAAAGAUCGGUGACGUUGAAUCCGAAGCUGAAGAGCACAAACUUGUUCUUGAAACCCUCGAACCGCUCCCGGCAGACAGGAAAUGCUUCCGGAUGAUAAACGGCGUCCUGGUUGAGAGAACGGUGAAGGAUGUCGUCCCUGCUCUACAGAUCAAUGCGGAUGGUCUACGGAAAGUGCUGGAAGGUCUCGUCAAGCAAUACAAUGCCACCCAGCAGGAGAUGGAAAAUUGGAAGAAAAAGAACAACAUCCAAGUUGUCCAACAAUGAGUGUACCAUUUCAAAAAACCUUCGCGGAAAGUCAAGUCCGAUAUCGAAGCAGGGCAUACAAGGACAAGGCUGAUUAAGUCCCGGGAGUUACG